AUGAAAGUUGAAAAGGAUCCAGAUUCCACAUAUGACAUGAUUGGCGGUCUUAACCAGCAAAUUAAAGAGAUAAAGGAGCCUGUGUGCACAGAAUCUGGGAUGUUUGCUCUGUGGGAGAGGAGGGUUGAUGUAACACAAGAAGAUUUUGAGAUGGUAGUGGCAAAGGUUCAUCUUGAACGGAAAUAUGUUGUUGACAUUGAUAAAAAUAUCGAUAUCACCAACAUAACUCCAUCAACAAGAGUUGCUCUCCGUAAUGACAGUUAUGUGCUUCAUUUAAUCUUGCAAAGCAAAGUUGAUCCAUUGGUCAACCUCAUGAAAGUUGAAAAGGUUCCAGAUUCCACAUAUGACAUGAUUGGCGGUCUUGACCAGCAAAUUAAAGAGAUAAAGGAGGUUUGCCUCGUGUACCCUUUUACUUUCUGCAUUUAAACUGGUA